AUGUCGAUGUUGUUUUGGAGAGCUUCAGUGCUGCUUGAAAAAUUUUUGAAACGUGUAACAGAUUUGCAAACAUGGGUUGACUUUGCUGGUAUCUUUUCGUUAUGGGUACCCACUCAUAACAUUGAGUGUGACAGCGUAUUGAGAUGUCAAUGGAGCAAAGCACCUCAAAACAGCACAGCCGCAUUUUCUUGUGAACAUUUUUCAACGCUGUUUCAUACCAAAAUUGGACAAAUGUGGAUGAGUAAUUCGGCGGCCACGAGGCCCACAUCUGGUGGCACUGGGAUACGGAGUUUUUUCUCAAAAUUGCGUAAACCAUCCGAUUUGCAAAUACCUCCAGCUCAGAGCCCUGUACGCAAAGUGGUUCUGCUCAUAGCAAAGAGUUUUUGA